GCUGUUAGCCUCACUGCCUCUGGUAGAAGCAGGGAGCCAGCUCCUUCUUUUCCAACUAUUCCAGAUGAAAUGAAACUGAGCAACGUUCCUGUGUUUUUAUAAAAGUGGCUGCCAGUAAAAUGGCUGGCAAGCAACAACAUCAGCAAGAGGAGCAACGUGGUGUUGAGCUCGACCAGGAUCAGUUCUGCUGUUCUGUAUGUCUGGACCUGCCAAAAGAACCAGUCACCGUUCCCUGUGGACACAGUUACUGCAGACGGUGUAUUGAGGGCUGUUGGGACCAGGAAGAGGAGAGGGGACAGUACAGCUGCCCUCAGUGCAGGGAGACCUUCAGUCCAAGGCCUGUUCUGAGGAGGAACAACAUGCUGGCUGAGGUGGUGGAGAAGCUGAAGAAGUCAAGCACCCAGGCUUCUCCCCCUGCUGCUGCAGCCUGUGCCGGACCAGCAGACAUUGUCAUCUGUGAUUUCUGCUGUGAGACCAGCCAAAACAAAGCCACGAUGUUUUGCCUGACGUGCUUGGCAUCUUACUGUCCAGUUCACCUCGAGCCUCACCACAGUGUUCCUGUGUUGAAGAAGCACCAGCUGGUGUCAGCUACAAUCCCACUGCAGGAAAAGAUGUGUACAAAGCACAACAAGUUGAUGGAGGUCUACUGUCGCACAGACAAGCAGCUUGUUUGCACUCUGUGCGUUAUAGAUGAGCAUAAAGGCCACACAAUAAUUUCUGUGUCAGUACAGAAGGCUGAGACAGAGAAACGAUUGGCUUUGAGUCAAAAUAAAGUCCAGGAGAGAAUCAGGCAGAGGGAGGAGGAGCUGAAGGAGCUGAGCCAAGCUGAGGAGAAUGUCAAGAGUUGUGCCCAGACUGCAUUGCAGGAUUGUGACAAGAUCUUCGCCGAGCUGAUCUCCUCCAUGCAGAGAAGAUGUAGAGAGGUGAAGAAGCUGAUCGGAGACCAAGAGAAAACUGCUGCGGCUCAGGCUGAGAAGCAGCAGCUGCAGCUGGAGGAGGAGAUCAGCAAGCUGAGGAGGAGAGACGCCGAGCUGGAACAGCUGUCACACGCUGACGAUCUCAUCCAUAUGAUUCAGACUCUCCCGUCUCUCUCCACUUCCUGUGACUCUCCAGACUUUUCGCCAGGUGCUGGUCCUGUGCGCUCCUUCAGAGAUGUGACUGACUGCGUGUCUGAGCUGAGAGAUAAAUUAGAGAGAGUCAUAAAGGACACAUGGCCCAGGAUCUCUGCCACAGUCUCUUACAUUGACUUCUCCCUGCCGCCAGUACCAAAAACCAGGGAUGGGUUUUUAGACUAUUGCUGUCCCCUCACACUGGAUGGGAACUCAAACUACCCGUAUCUCCACCUGAUAGAAGACAACCGCAGGGUGAGGCCUUCACCCACCACGUAUUCUGCUCACCCAGACAGGUUCACUAAGUUUCCACAGGUGCUGUGCAGAGAGGGUUUGACAGAGCGAAGUUACUGGGAGGUGGAGUGGCAUGCUCGCACUCUGUCUGCAGCAGUGGCAUACAACAACAUCCACCGCACAUCAGACGAGUCACGUUUUGGGAACGAUGACAAGUCCUGGUGUUUGGAGUGCACAGAAAAUGGUUACUUGUUCCGUCACAAUAACGUAGUAACGAGGGUGUCAGGCCCUCGCUCCGAAAGGAUUGGAGUGUAUCUGGACUAUAAAUCAGGCACUCUGUGCUUUUAUCAUGUCUCCUACCCGAUGAUCCUGCUCCACAAAGUCCAGGACACAUUCACCAAGCCUCUGUAUCCUGGGCUUGGCCUGGAAUAUGAAUGGUAUGAUAUUGGAGUGUUUGCACAGUUGGCCAAGUUAUGGUAGCAAAAAUGUGUAUAACAGCAAUUUCAAGGUUUUGGUUUUUGUGUGCGUGUGCUGCAACAACAAUGUCAUUGGGAAAAGUUGUUUUUGACAGUACGAAAAACAAAAAACAGUAAAGAUUACUGCAUCAAUUUGCAGUCCAGUCAGUAGAAGAAAAUGUUGGCAGUGUUUGAUUCUGUAAACCGGAUACUGUAUGUGAUAUUUGUAUGUUUCAUACGAUAUCAUAUAAACAUUUCUGAAAUGCAGUUGUUUGACUUAGUUUCAGCAGACCACUGACUGAGACCAGCCGUCUUUUUCAUUGACUCAUUGUAACAUUUCCAGCGGUGUUUGUGGCGACAGCAGCGGGGCACUCUUAAGGCGGGAUUUUAGACCUUUGCAUCAAAUCAAUAUCGUACCUAUGGCGUAGGCUCUACAUAAACACAUACCCUACCCCUACGACGUCACCUGAUUUGCACCUCCCUAGAAAUUUAACCACAUGGUGGGGUGACGCAGACCUUCAGUUUAUUUUUGUAAGCUGAAACCAUUUCCCUCUGUAGAAAUGAAGCCUUUAUUUACUUUCAUUUCACAGAUAAGGCAACACCAAAUUGUAAAGACAAUAAAGCCUCCACAAAAAAGGCAUGUUAAGUCCUAUGUGUGAUUUAUCCUGGCUUCAUAUGAGUAGAGGAAAACCCUGCCAACUGCUAGGCUAAUUUACACAUUGUAAAAUGCCAUUGGCUUGUGCUAAUAACGUUAGCAUGUUGUAUUUGUAGGGAAAAUGUGUCCAGCAAAAGUACCUGCAGAGCAACACAGACACACCACUGCGCAAGUAUAAAUGCUCACAAUGGCGUAGACUCUGCAUAGAGCCAACACAUAACAAUAAAUCCACCUAGCGUGAUGUCAGCACAUUUCCAGCGUCGGUUAUAGUGACAAUACUGGGUGUUUUAAGCCAAACAUAACCUUCCUCUGGGUGCCUCUGCAUGCUCACUGGGUACGGUGUGUACCAUCAAGGCUGAGUCCUUACCGCAGUGGCCAGGGUUUUAGUCCGGUUCAGGCCCUUUGCUUUAGGUCAAAGCAAAAAAAAAAAAAAAAAAAAGCCACAAAAUAUGAUCUUUUCCUAACCAAAGCGUGAUCAUAAUAUAAAUUGAAACAUAACAUAUCCUUGGCUGCAGAAUACAAUGCCAACAUUCAUCCUGGCGAUUGGGUUGCCAUGUACCACAUAGCUCCAGAGGAGAAACAUGGCAAAUGCUCUGCACACACACCUCUGUUACACUGUGUUGUAUCCCUUCCAGGGCUUUGUAGGUAUCACCUUGUUUUGGCAGACCAGAUGUUAUCAAGGAGGGAAAGUAACAGAGCGUAAAACCUGCAAUGAACCCUGCCUUACCCCGGCUGCAAUAAAGCCACACUAUUCUAUGUGUUUCUUUUAUUGAGACGAGGCGGUUGAGCAGGACAUAGUCUACAGUAAAGACUUAUUAAGAGAGGUUUUCAUCCAGGAAGAAGCAGCAACUUGCAAGUUGUUGCAAGUGCUGACUUUCUACAGAGGUUUGGAAUAUGUUGAAAUUACCUGGAAAUAAGUCAAACCCACAGAAGCACGAAUGCUCAGAUAUUUGCAGUGUAAUACAAUUCUGUUACCUGCUGACCUGGGGUGGCACCAUGAUUACACUGUAAAAUGUCUUGAUAAUUGUAAAAUGUAGUAUCUUUAUGGAUUAUGCUUUAAAAAAGUACA